AUGGCAAAGGCGAAAAAGAUUGUCGAUUUGGACAAAUUGGCCUUCAAAUCAAGUCGGAAGAAGAAUUGUCGGCUCAUCAUCAAGAUUAAUGUAAGUUUUUUUGGAAGCUGUAAAAGUUUUGAUGACUGCACUGUGCAGAAAUUUCCGGUAUAAAAGCGUCAAAGUUUUCAAAAAUUUUUGAAAAUUUUUAUUUUCAGUCGUUGAUUACCGUAAUAUGGGCAUUAAUCAACAUCGGGAUCAUUUACUUUAUCGUUGACAGGAUGGUAAGUUGUUCUUGAAAACAACUUAUAAUUGAAUUUUUCAGGAUGAAAUUGAGCGAUUUACCGAAGAAGCCCAUCUACUUCGAGGCAGCGGGAUCUUGGCCUUUCAGCAGUGCAAGUUUCAGCACGAUUAUUUCAGCACCCCCUUUGAUAUGGUAAUCGAUUUUUUUGAUAGGUUCUAAAUGGACUCUUUAUAUGAGUUUAGACCCGAUGCUCCGACCAAUGCGGAAGUAAAGCGAUCGCCUGGCGAACCCGAAACUUGGCACAGCCCUUCACAAAGUACGUGGUGGAGGAAAAGGACAUCGAAAAAGGCUUGCAUCACAUGUGCUUGGACUAUCUCGAUCAUGUCAGUUCUCGUUGGGACUUCUUUUUGACUUGCACGGUGCAGAAAAACUAUCGAAGUUUAGCGCACUGUGCAAUGAAAAGUCAUUGUCUUUUGCACGGUGCGAUAAAAGAAAAUUGAUUUUGAGUUGCACUGUGCAGUAGAAAAUUUGUUAUGGAAUGCACUGUGCUAAAAAAAAAUUUCGACUGCACAGUGCAAUAAAAAUUUUUAAUUUUUGCACUGUGCAAAAAAGUCAAAAAUUCCAAAAAUUAAUUUUUUUCGUAUUUUAGGUGUAUUGCCAUGACGAUCACCGCGAAUGUCAACGUCCUCGUCGGGAAUUCAAAGAGUGUGCGGGGUUAACCGGGACCGGCGUGGAAGGCCAGAUCUCUUAUGGGUAUCCAGUCUACGCCCCGGCCAUCAAUGACGCCGAUAUGCAACAUCUGCGUGGCAAAACUCUGCUCGCCAACGAACUUAUUGUCAAGUGCCCGAUCUGCAGAAUCCAAUCUGAUUGGUUUAAGUCAGUUUUGGAUAUUAAUUUAGCCAGAGAAAGAGUUGACUCAGGUUGGGUCAAGUGUUUCUCUCGUAGGAUUUUGAUGAGAAUUGAAUGAAAUGAGCUUUGAUGAUGGUUUUCAGAGUUGAUGGAACAUACGGGUAUUACAAACAUCGUCCACAACUCCGUUGUAUUGCCAAAUUGGCCACAGUUGCUAUCGGUUGGCCCAGGUUCGCCGAGUUCUGCGAUAACACCGUGAAAGCGAUCAAACCCUUCGAUGACUGCGUCCAUUUCAGCAAUCAAGUCGACAUCAUCGCGAAUUAA